AACUCCAAUGGGCCAAUAAUAGACAGAUAUUAGUAAGCCCUGUAAGAAGUAACAAACUUCUUCUUCUUCUUCUUACUCCAAAGAGUUAAGAGAAAAUCCGAGCUAGUGCAGAUGGCUUCCAUGGCGUCACCGACCACUUGCUUGUACCACCACAACCACAAAUGCCGGAGAAAACUUGGUUCCGAUGCCCUUCGUAUUAGCGCCUCAAUUUCAGAGAAUCCAGAUGACAAACCUUCGAAGCUAAUUGGUCGAAGAGAGAUCAUUCUUAGGAGCAGUGAAUUAGCUAUGAUCGGAGCUAUAUUCCAGCUCAGUGGGAAAAAACCAGAUUAUCUCGGAGUACAAAAGAACGAGAGAUUGGCUCUAUGUCCUGCCACUAAUAACUGUAUUUCCACUUCUGAGAAUAUCAGUGAUCGAGUGCAUUAUGCUCCACCUUGGAACUAUAAUGGAGGAAGGAAAACACCUGUGAACAGACAAGUUGCAAUGAAAGAGCUUCUUAAUGUGAUUAAGUCGGUGAAACCUGACAAGUUUACUCCUCGGAUUGUGGAGAAGAAGGAUGACUAUGUUCAUGUUGAAUAUGAAAGUCCAAUCUUAGGGUUAGUAGAUGAUGUUGAAUUCUUGUUCGCUCCUGGGAAGAACUCCAAAGUGGAAUAUCGAUCUGCAUCCCGUAAAGGGAACUUCGACUUUGAUGUGAAUAGAAAGCGAAUAAAGGCAUUGCGACAAGAGCUAGAGAAGAAGGGAUGGGUAUCGGAGAACAGCUUCUGAAGACAAAGAAGAGUUUCCAGUUUCUAAUCUUGUCUAUUCAAUAACUUAAUGUGAUGCCC